GUUGCUCCGUUACCUGGUAGAAAAGAGCAGCUAUGGAUAAACCUUAGUUCUGCUUGGCAUUUUUGCCGCUAAACCUCUUUCUCUCUCAUACACUCACAGAAGAUGUUAUCAUUGGACAUGCGAGCUUCAAUACCUAUCUCUAGGAACUGUUAUUUGUUCCCUCACCUCUCGGAAUCUCUCAAUUUCCCGUUCUCCUCGUCUCUUUCCGUCGCCCGCCACCGCCUCCGCCGUGUUAAUCUGCGGCCGCGGUAUUUUGCCCCAUUGCCCGCCAUCAAUUCCUCCGCGACCACAGAGAAUGCCGACUUUUUGUCGCCGGAUAUUGGGGAAAAUUGUGAAUACGAACAAGGCGUCGAACUUGAAUAUGAAGAAGAAUCCUCAUCCGACGGCGACGAGGUCGAGGAGAAUUUUGACGAACAAGAACUUGAGCUAGAGGCAAAACAGGCUCUGAAAGAGUUUUCUGAUUCUUUGUUGCGUGAGCUGAGAAUUGAAGAUGAAGUUUCCAAUCCAAAGGAAGCUCGGGGAAAGCAGAAGAGGGGAGCGAAUACCAGCAGUAGCAAUAUCCCUGAUCAUCUUCUUCCGAAGGUAGCAAUAGUUGGAAGGCCAAAUGUUGGUAAAUCAGCACUCUUUAAUCGUCUUGUUGGGGGCAACAAAGCCAUUGUAGUUGACGAACCAGGCGUUACCAGGGAUCGUUUGUAUGGCAGGUCAUUUUGGGGGGUCUAUGAGUUUAUGGUGGUGGAUACGGGAGGCGUACUUACAAUCUCGAAGUCUCAGAAUGACGUGAUGGAAGAACUUGCUAUAUCGACAACCAUUGGCAUGGAGGGUAUUCCUCUGGCCUCGAGGGAGGCUGCUGUUGCAAGGAUGCCUUCCAUGGUCGAGAGGCAAGCUGCAAUUGCUGUGGAGGAGUCAUCUGUCAUCAUAUUUCUUGUCGAUGGCCAGGCAGGUCUAACUGCAGCAGAUGUUGAAAUAGGGGAUUGGCUUCGUAAGAACUAUUCACACAAAUGUACCGUUCUUGCAGUAAACAAAUGUGAAUCUCCUCGUAAAGGAUUCAUGCAAGCAUCAGAGUUCUGGGCCUUGGGGUACUCACCCAUCCCAAUAUCUGCAAUAUCUGGGACUGGAACUGGGGAGCUUCUUGAUUCUGUCUGCUCACAAUUAAAAAGGAUAGAGGAGACAGAGAACGCUGAUGUGGAAGAAUAUGUUCCGGCCAUAGCCAUAGUUGGUCGUCCAAAUGUGGGAAAGAGUAGUAUUCUGAAUGCCUUAGUUGGAGAGGACAGGACGAUUGUAAGUCCAGUCAGUGGAACUACUCGUGAUGCUAUAGAUACAGAAUUUACCGGGUCGGAUGGCCAGAAAUUUCGUCUUAUAGAUACAGCUGGUAUCAGAAAGCGAGCAGCUGUAGCCUCAUCUGGUAGCACCACUGAGGCGCUCUCUGUUAACCGAGCUUUUCGUGCCGUUCGUCGCUCUGAUGUUGUGGCCCUUGUUAUCGAGGCCAUGGCCUGCAUCACAGAACAGGAUUUCAAGAUUGCUGAACAGAUAGAAAAAGAAGGGAAGGGUUGCCUGAUUGUUGUGAACAAAUGGGACACUAUCCCGAAUAAAAACCAGCAAACUACUAUGCACUAUGAGGACGACGUUAGAAGAAAGCUCCGAAUUCUAAACUGGGCACCUAUUGUGUACUCAACUGCAAUCAAAGGGCAUAACGUUGAGAAGAUCGCUGUGGCUGCUGGUAUGGUUGAAAAGGAGAGAUCCAGGAGGUUAUCAACAGCGACAUUGAACCAAGUUCUACGAGAAGCUGUUGCAUUCAAAUCACCUCCAAGAACUAGAGGCGGAAAAAGAGGCCGUGUUUAUUAUUGUACCCAGGCGGCUAUCAGACCACCCACUUUCGUGUUCUUUGUGAAUGAUUCUAAGCUUUUCCCUGAAACAUACCGGAGAUACAUGGAGAAGCAACUGAGAUCAAGUGCUGGGUUUACAGGCACACCAAUUCGACUUCUGUGGCGUAGCAGAAGAAAAUCGGAAAAAGAUGACGGGAAGGAUCCUUCUGCAAGGACACAAGUUUUAUCAGAAGUUGAAAGAAAGAAGGUUAUGAUACCAGUGAAUUCAUGAGCGAUUUCACGAUACUUGCACCUUACGGCAGAAUUUUGGAGAUGAUUACAUGACAGCUUGUGGAUCGUCGAGGUACUGUUUGUUCAAGUCAACUCUGCAUAUUGUAUAUAGUCGUCAGAUAAUACAAUGGUUAACUAUUACAAGACUUAUGGAUGGAUCAUUUGCUGAAGGAAACACAAUCUUUAAUUACUUAGUUAUGCCAAUUGAUCUUUGUUUUAAGGAAACAUUUUUCCAUUUAUCCAGUGUGUACAUACUGGGUCUCUAGAACCUGAAGAAGUUGAAAUAUUAAUUUUGGAUUGGAAUUAUUUGUAUCUCAGUCCAACUGAGACAUCUUACACUAAGUCAUGAACAUGAGUUCACGCAUAUUGAAGAGAAGUGUGUUGGGGUUUUCCACAAGAAAAAACGUGAAGAAAAUAUUUAACUGCAUGUACAAUGGUUACAUUCUAUAUUAAGUAUUAACAGAAAAAAUGCUCGGGCUUUUUCAUCCCGAAGCCUGUGCUCAUCCUAGGCUUCUCGGUGGCCGGGCCCUGCCAAAAGCCGAGCAGACAUGGUUUACAAGAGCUUGUGCUCUGCCCAAACUAACUUAUCCUUUAUUGUUUCCAAAGUUUCAUUUUUGGUUUAGGGUGAUUGCAGAUUAAGCCCGAGGUUUUUGCUUUCUUAGGCACGUCCAAUGAUUGGAGUGUGAAAGUUUUAAGCUUGGGUCUUUUUUAUAGGAUAGUGAUGCCAAAACAUUAAAUGUGAUGUGUGCCAUGCCAUGAGUUUUAGUCAUGGCAGUUGCACGAUUUCAGAGUUUUUAUUUUUAGACUUCUGAUUGAAAUGGAUUGAGUUUCACUGAAAAUAGAAAAAUGAAUAAAUUGGCG